CUUGUAGGUACAAAUGGAGUUCUAAACAUUGAUGGAAAACUCCGUCUGCAAUUAUACUACCCACCUCCAAGGACCAAGUCACGUUCAAAUGCUGUUGAGGUUUAUGACUGGUGGGCAAAAUGUCCUAGAAAUCGUUAUCCAUCAACUUUAUAUGUAACUGUAAGAGGCAUAAAACUGCCAGAUCAUGUUUCUCCUUCUUUCCGCUCUAUGGUAGCUGUUCAGCUUCAGGAACAAAGUAGUACAAUGCUGUAUGAGCUCCAGAGAGAGGGAUCUAAAAAAUCAUGUGAACCUUCUCCGAAGGAGAAAAAGGAGCCAUUUAAAUGGACAAGGUUGCCUGGACAGGCUUGCCGCAUACCGAACAAGCAUCUGUUUUCACUGCGAGGUGGAGAUAUGGGCUGUUUCUGUAUUCGUUUCUCUCAUGAUGGGAAAACACUGGCAGCAGCAUGUGCAGGAAGGAAUGGCUAUCCCAUUGUUUUGUAUGAAAUUCCUUCUGGACAAUUCCUGAGAGAAUUUUAUGGUCAUCUUAACAUAGUGUAUGAUCUUUGUUGGUCAAAAGACAAUCAAUAUCUUCUUACUGCAUCCUCUGAUGGCACUGUCAGAAUGUGGAAAAUAGAAAUGCAGGCAGCAUCUGCAGUGAGAGUUUUCCCUCAUCCUUCAUUUGUUUACACUGCAAAGUACCACCCGACUGCUGACUCCUUGGUUGUGACAGGAUGUUAUGACUCAGUGAUUAGAAUCUGGAAUGCAAAUGUGAAUGAAAUCCAUGGGCAGCUGCUACAGGAGCUUGAUGGUCACAAAAGUUUCAUCAACACACUUUGUUUUGAUGCAGAAGGGCUCCACAUGUUCUCAGGAGAUAGUUCAGGGGUAAUAAUAGUUUGGGAUACAUCUGUCGAAGAAAGUUCUCAUCAGUUUCGACACUGGAGGAUUAAUAAGGAAAUAAAAGAAAAUGAUAUUAAAGGAAUGCCAGUAAAUCAUUUGGAGGUGCAUCCAAAUGGAAGGCGUUUAUUAAUCCAUGCCAAAGACAGUACCCUGAGAAUCAUGGAUCUCAGAAUCCUGGCUACGAAGAAAUACAUAGGUGCCACAAAUUACAGAGAAAAGAUUCACAGCACCUUAACACCAUGUGGUACUUUCCUGUUUUCUGGAAGUGAAGAUGGAAAGGCUUAUGUUUGGAACCCAGAAACAGGAGAUCAGGUGGCCAUAUAUUCUGAACUCUCCUUCACAUCUCCACUUCGUGAUGUUGCCUUUCAUCCACAUGAACACAUGGUGUCAUUUUGUGCCUUCGGUCAAAACCAGCCGAUACUUGUAUACAUUUAUGAUUAUAAAGUUGCACAACAGGAAGCUGAACUUGUAAAAGGUCUCAGUUCAUCACUUAGCACAGCUGCACCAAGAGGGCCACAGUUCUUCAGCAGUUUUUCUGAAAUUCCUGUACAAAAAAGUUCAGUGGUGUCUCCGGCAGAUCAGUUUGUCAGUGUUGCAAGAGCAUCAAUGAGAAUGCAGAAGGUGAAACAAAAACUUGAUUCUGUUAUG